AUGGGAGCAAACGAUGCCGCUUACGGAGCUCUGAUCCCAUAUCUCGAAGAAUACUACGACAUUAGCUACAUGGUCGUCUCUUGCGUUUUCCUUUCACCUCUCGUCGGCUACGUCCUCGCCGCACUCGUGAACAACAAGCUUCACGAAACUAUCGGUCAGCGCGGAAUUUCCCUCAUCGUUCCUCCGUUCCGACUAGUUGCAUAUGUUCUUAGUUGCGUUCAUCCGCCAUACCCAGUUCUUGUGGUUGCAUAUAUUUUCGCAGGAAUAGCAAAUGGACUGGCAGAGGCAGCGUGGAACACCUAUCUCGGGAAUAUGGAUAAAUCAAAUGAGAUCUUAGGUCUCUUGCAUGGUGUCUAUGGUCUCGGGGCAGUGAUCAGCCCGCUUAUCGCGACCAAUUUGAUCACGAAGGCAAAUGCACCUUGGUAUUACUUUUAUUUCUUCAUGAUUGGUAUUUCCGUGAUUGAAGGGAUCAUCUCGCCAACAAUGUUCUGGCAAUUUACCGGCGUGGCAUUCAAGAAAGCCCAUGCAGACGCAGGAGACGCCAACGGUGCCGGGUUGAAAGAUGCGCUUUUCAAACGCCCUGCAGCUCGCGUUUCCUGGCUCUGCGCCGUUUUGCUACUGCUCUACGUUGGUGUUGAAGUGUCCAUCGGGGGUUGGAUCGUCACCAUUAUGAUUGACGUGCGAAAGGCAGCCGCGUUCCCAAGUGGAAUGACAGCCACGGGCUUUUGGUUGGGUAUUACAGUUGGGAGAAUGGUGUUGGGGUUCGUUACGGCGAAGAUUGGGGAGAGGAUUGCUACUUCAAUCUACAUCACCUGCUCUAUCGCUUUCUCGCUAGUUGUCUGGCUCGUGCCGAACUUCUACGCAUCUGCCGUGGCUGUCUCUAUACAGGGCUUCUUCCUCGGCCCAUUAUUCCCCGCUGUUGUCGUUGUCAUGACCAAGCUGCUACCGAAGCAUCUGCAUGUUACAUCUAUUGGGUUCGUCGCUGCUUUUGGGGGUGCUGGUGCCGCUGUGCUGCCUUUUGUGGCCGGUGGCAUUGCGCAGGGAUCGGAUGUCAAGUCUUUGUUACCGUUCAUCUUUGCGGUUUCGGUCGGAAUUUUGAUUUUCUGGUUGGGGUUGCCGAGGUCGAAGUCUUGA